UUACAACCGUGCCCCCACUCCCCUCCCUGUCAUCCGCCGCUUUUCACCUUCCCUUCCCCCCCUCCUCCCCUUCAAGAAGCGAACCACCAGCCACCACCGCGCCACCUGAGAACGGGCGCGCCCCGGCCAUGGACGCCUGGGAGGCCACCAAGGUGGUGUUCGACCGGGUGCGCGCGCUGGACCCCGACAACGCAUCCAAGAUCAUGGGCCUGCUCCUCAUCCAGGACAACAGCGUCAAGGACCUGAUCCGCCUCGCCUUCGGCCCCGAGGACCUGCUCCGCGCCGUCGUCGCCAGCGCGCACGCCGAGCUCGCCGCCAAGCCCGCGUCCCCGCCGUCCCCCGUGCUCGGCCCCGGCCCGCCCUGGGGAGGAGUAGCCGACCAGGCGGCGUACGACGGCGGCGCCGACGCGUUCUACCCCGAGGAGGAGUACAGCUUCUUGCUCAGCGACGACGAGGCCGGCGCGUGGAGGCCCUGCAUGUACUUCGCGCGCGGGUUCUGCAGGAACGGCUCCUCCUGCCGUUUCCUCCACGGCCUGCCUGAGGACGACGCGGCGGCCGCGGAGCGGGAGAUGGUCGUAAUGCGCGCCAAGGCCUUGGCCGCCGCCGCGCGGCCGCAGCAGCUCAUGGCGUCCGCGUUCCCCUUCUCGCCGUCGCCGUCGCCGCCCAAAGGCGUCAGCCUCGACUCCCUGCUCCAGCAGCAGAACGAGCCCCAAAGGGUGCUGUUUGGCGGCGGCGAGGACAUGCACAGGUUCCCGGUGCGCUCGCCUCGGAUGGACCGCGGCGACCUCAUCUCCAGCCCCGCCGCACGGCAGAUCUACCUUACCUUCCCGGCCGACUCCACCUUCAGCGAGGAGGACGUCUCCAACUACUUCAGCAUGUACGGACCAGUGCAGGACGUGCGCAUCCCGUACCAGCAGAAGCGCAUGUUCGGCUUCGUCACCUUCGUCUACCCGGAGACGGUGAAGGUCAUCUUGAGCAAGGGGAACCCGCAUUUCGUGUGUGACGCGCGCGUGCUCGUCAAGCCCUACAAGGAGAAGGGCAAGGUCCCCGACAGGUUCAGGAAGCUGCAGCACCCGCACCAUGGCGACUUUGCCGGCUGCACGUCGCCCACUGGAUUGCUCAAUUCCAGGGAUCCCUUCGACCUGACUCAGCCGCAGAUUGGGCCAAGGAUGAUGUACGGCAACAUCGUUAAGCAUGAGGCGUUUCUGAGGAGGAAGCUCGAAGAGCAGCAGCAUGCGGCCGAGCUGCAGCGAGCCAUCGAGCUGGAGGGCCGCCGGUUCAUGGGGCUGCAGCUCCUCGACCUCGCAAGCAGGGGCCACCAUCUCGGUUCACCUGCUGGCUCACCCAUGUUCCCUGGACAAGCUGAUGGCAACGGGACCUCCAUUGUGGAGGAUGACACCUCCAUUGCAGACAACAGGGUGGACAGUGGUAGCCGUGCAAUGAGUGGGCCUGCAGCUGCUGCUACCUCUGCAACUGGUGCAGAAGAUGAGCCCGAGGAGCAGCAGGAAGGGGAUGGGGAUGGCAGUCCCAAGCAGGCAGUCAACCCUGGGGAAGAGAAGAGGGAAUCUAUUCCUGUUACAGCAACACCCAAUGUUGCUUGUGGAUUCCAAGAAAGCUGCAAUACGUGUGUAGAGAAAAAGCUGUACGAGACAUAGGUUGAGCAGCUAUGAUUUUCAAUUAGGAGUUCAUGACCAGGGAUAAUCAACUAAUCAUCCGUGCUGCGAAAUGGGUAGAUUAUAUCAUCCUAUAAGCACCUCUGGCGAGUUGCCAUAAAAGCUAUUAAAAGGCUGGCUGAUGUAACUUAAGAUUAUAACAAGGAACUAUGGACGCCUAUGCCCUCACUAAAAAGGCUGGCUGAUAUAAGUAGAUUAAAGAAUGGACGGAGUGUCUGUGACAUACAUUGUUGAUACUCGCUCCUUUCUACCUUUUCUUUUAACCUUUUUUCUGUUAAACUUUGCUUUGCUAGUAAUGACUACUGACAUGGAAGUCAAUAGGAAAUACCAAAGUUCUAGUUCUCAGGUGCUAUUGUUGACUGAAUAUCCUUCAAUGUUGUAAGUAAUCCUAGGUCUACCGAAACCUUUUGUCAACAAUUCUAGUGUUCAAAAUAUACGUGAACCAAGCCUCAUUAACAAAUGCUUAAGGGUUGAGCAGUCCACUAUUGUUUUUGUUCCAUGACUGCACGCACCAGAAAAUUUCUGUUAUAUCCAUUUCCAGUUCAGAAUAUUGGUCAUUUGUAGUGAAUAAUCUUUUUCUGCUGAUGAGAAUGCUUUAUUCUCGCGUCUUUGUGAUUGGGCCAGAUGAGUCUUUGUGUUAGAGCAUCUUGAUGUCCACAAUCACUCUUGGCUACAAAGGCAGUUCAGUAGUGGACAUGGUCAGGAAGUUGGUGAUAGUGCAUCUGGAAGUGGAACUAGAGUUUCUUAUUGUCGCCCUACAUGCAUCAGAGUAGCUCAGUUCUCAAAUAGCAGGAGGGUAUGACUUCUACAGUUUUACAUUCAUUGAUAUAACAUUUUAAUUCAAAUUUGUGAAUCGUCCGUUGAUAAAUUGCUGUAACCUUUUUUUUUUGUAUUACUGACAUGUCAGUGCUAACUGCUAUUACAAGAACGGAUGCUCAAAGUUGA